AUGGAUGAAAUGUUCGACGUGUUUGAGGGCGGAGCGGAUGCCCCCAGCACUAGCGAAGACGAGCGAGUGCCUCAGAAGAGCCGGAACCGCGACAAGACGAAGAAGAGAAAGGCCGACGAGGCCGUCCACAGCAACGGCAAAAAGCAGGAGGAUGUUGAGAUGGAGGACGCUGCCGAGACAUCCAAAUACGACGCUUCCGACGACGAAGAGUCCGAUGACCCUACCCAGCAAGACAAGAAGCGGAGGAAAAAGGAGGACGAUGCGGGUCCCGUCAUGACCGAUACUUUCCAGACGGCCGAGUCGAGAGAGGUUGCCGGCGCAGCCACCUUUGUGCCCCAGGACUCGUCUUUGGUGUUGUCGCAUAACAUUCAGCAUCAGGUCGCCCUGCCCCCGGACCUGGAUUACGAAUACGUUCCCUUGUCCGAGCACAAGGCGCCCAAGGAACCUGCGAGGACGUACAGCUUCAAGCUCGAUCCCUUCCAGAGCCUGUCGGUGGCGUCCAUCGAGCGCGACGAGAGUGUACUUGUAUCAGCGCAUACUUCUGCUGGAAAGACUGUCGUUGCCGAGUAUGCUGUUGCACAGUGUCUGAAGCGCAACCAGAGAGUCAUCUACACGAGUCCGAUCAAGGCUCUGAGCAACCAAAAGUACCGAGAUUUCGAGGCCAUCUUUGGCGAUGUCGGUUUGAUGACGGGUGAUGUCACCAUCAACCCGACGGCUAGUUGCUUGGUAAUGACGACUGAAAUUUUGCGAUCCAUGUUGUACCGCGGUUCUGAGAUUAUGCGAGAAGUUGCGUGGGUUAUCUUUGACGAGAUUCACUACAUGCGCGACAAGACGCGAGGUGUCGUCUGGGAGGAGACCAUCAUCAUGCUUCCCGACAAGGUCCGAUAUGUCUUCCUGUCGGCCACUAUCCCCAACGCCUUCCAGUUCGCUGAGUGGAUUGCCAAGAUCCACCACCAGGCCUGUCACGUCGUGUACACUGAUUUCCGACCCACGCCGCUUCAAAACUACUUCUUCCCCUCAGGCGGCACCGGAGCCAGACUCGUCGUGGACGAGAAGAGCAACUUUAACGAGCAAAACUUCAACCUGGUUAUGCAGGAGGUGGAGGAUAAGAAGGGUGCUGAUCCUGCGGAUGCCAACGCACGAAUGAAAGGAAAGGGCAAGAACAAGAAGACCAACAAGGGCGGUGCGGACAGCGGCUCCGACAUUCACAAGAUCAUUCGAAUGACCAUCAAGAAGAAGUUUAACCCCGUCAUUGUCUUCAACUUCAGCAAGCGAGAAUGCGAAAACAUGGCUAUGAAUAUUUCUAGCCUUAGCUUCAACGACGACUCGGAAAAGGCCAUGGUGCGCAAGGUCUUUAGCAGCGCCAUUGAGAGCUUGUCGGAGCAGGACCGCGACCUUCCCCAGAUUGUGCACCUCCUUCCCCUGUUGGAGAGAGGCAUUGGUGUGCAUCAUUCGGGUCUGUUGCCCAUUCUCAAGGAGACCAUUGAGAUUCUGUUCCAAGAGUCCCUCAUCAAGGUCCUCUUCGCGACUGAGACUUUCUCCAUCGGCCUGAACAUGCCUGCCAAGACUGUCGUCUUUACGCAGGUGACCAAGUGGGAUGGCAUCAAGAGGCGACCCCUCACCUCUUCCGAGUACAUUCAGAUGGCUGGUCGAGCUGGUCGUCGUGGUCUGGAUGCUCGAGGUAUCGUCAUCAUGAUGAUUGACGACAAGCUCGAGCCCGAUACCGCUAAGGAAAUCGUCACUGGUCAACAAGAUCGUCUCAACUCUGCUUUCUACCUGGGAUACAACAUGAUUCUGAACUUGCUGAGAAUCGAGGCUAUCUCGCCCGAGUACAUGCUGGAGAGAUGUUUCCACCAGUUCCAGAAUGCGUCUAGUGUUCCGUCUCUGGAAAAGGACUUGAUGUCUCUGCAACUGCAGCGAGAUUCCAUGACAAUUCCCGACGAGUCGACCGUCAAGGACUACUACCAGAUCCGCCAGCAGCUCAACACUUACACUAAGGACAUGCGAGCUGUCAUCCAGCACCCCAAUUACUGCCUGUCAUUCCUCCAACCUGGUCGAUUAGUCCAAAUCUUCAACCCCAAGGAGUCGGUCGAGACAGUUGGCGGUGGUGUCGACUUUGGCUGGGGUGUCAUUGUUGACCACAAGGCACGUCGGUCCCCCAAGCUUGGAGAGCCUGAGCACAUCCCUCAGGAGUCGCACAUUGUCGAUGUCUUGCUCCCAAUCUCCAAGUCAAGUGCCGAAUUCGCUCCUGGACAGCCUGCUGCCGAGAUGCCUCCUGGUCUGAAGCCGUCCGCCGACGAGGGCGACAUCAUUCAUGUUGUGGUCCCCUGCCUGCUGACCUGCGUCAAGGCUAUCAGCCAGAUCCGCUUGUUUUUGCCCAAAGAGGGUCUGAAGUCGGAGCAGGACCGGGAACAACUUAGAAAGUCUUUGUCCGAGGUCAAGCGCCGCUUCCCCGAUGGCUUGCCCAUUCUGGAUCCCCUCGAGAACAUGGAGAUUACCGACGACUCGUUCAAGAAACUCCUUCGAAAGAUUGAGGUCCUCGAGUCAAGACUACUGGCCAACCCCCUGCAUCUGUCUCCCCUUCUACCUUCACUCUGGGACCAAUACCACUCCAAGGUCCAGCUUGCGGAGACAGUCAAGGAAAAGAAAAAGGCUAUCAGCAAGGCCCACAGCAUUGCUCAAAUGGACGAGCUCAAGUCCCGCAAGCGAGUCCUGCGCCGACUCGGAUUCAUCAACGAUGGCGAAGUCGUUCAGCUCAAGGCUCGUGUCGCCUGCGAGAUUUCUUCGACAGAAGGCCACGAACUUCUUCUCUCCGAGUUGCUCUUUGACCGCUUCUUCAACGAGCUGACUCCCGAGACGUGUGCUGCAGUACUCAGCAUCUUCAUCUUUGAUGAAAAGGUUGAGACGGCGGCGCUCAAGGAGGACCUCCAGAAGCCGUUCCGCGAGAUCCAAGCCAAGGCGAGAAUCAUUGCCAAGGUCAGCCAGGAGUGCAAGCUCGACGUCAACGAGGAGGAGUAUGUACAGAAGCUCAAGUGGCAGCUGAUGGAGACGGUUUACACAUGGGCCCAAGGACGACCUUUUGCCGAGAUUUGCAAAAUGACAAACACCUAUGAAGGCUCGUUGAUCCGUCUCUUCCGCCGACUGGAGGAGCUGCUGCGACAGAUGGCUCAGGCCGCCAAGGUCAUGGGCAACGACGACUUGACCAAGAAGUUCGAGGAUAGUCUUUCCAAGAUCCGCAGGGACAUUGUCGCCGCCCAGAGCUUGUACUUGUAA